CACAGGCAGUCACAUUUCCAGCGUGGGGGACACGACUCUCAGGCAUGAAUACGACUCUGUAGAAGACCCGAGAAACAGGCUGCUUGGUCACUGUUCCUCAUUGGAUCCUUAGGGGACUUAAUCAAGAGUAUUGAGAAGGGACCAUAGAGCUGGACUUCUUCCUUGACCUGGACUCAUCUCGUCAAUGGCUGGGUGAGCAAAAGUCCCCAUUAACCAAGCAUCCAUCAGGAGCAAAUCCGUAUUUCCUUCUCCUACAGUUCUCCUGCCCAAAGCACAGGGCACUGAUGUAUUAGGCUGCUCGGCCUAUAUCUCCAGCUUUUGGACCUGGAAUUUAUCGAUGAAGGCAGAGAACCACACAGUAGUGAGUGAAUUUGUUUUCCAGGGUUUUUCCAGCUUUCAUGAACACAAGCUCACCCUCUUUGUGGUGUUUCUUACCUUGUACCUUUUCACCCUGGCUAGCAAUGUCACCAUUGUGACCAUAAUCAGCAUUGACCGCCGCCUUCACACCCCCAUGUACUUCUUUCUCACUGUGCUUUCCACGUCAGAGACCUUGUACACGCUGAUCACUGUGCCUCAGAUGCUCUGUAACCUCAUAGGCCUGAACCAGCCCAUCUCCUUGGCAGGCUGUGCCACCCAGAUGUUCUUCUUCAUCACUCUGGCCAUCAACAACUGCUUCCUGCUCACAGCCAUGGGGUAUGACCGCUACGUGGCCAUCUGCCACCCCCUGAGGUACAGGGUCAUCAUGAACAAGCGAGUGUGUGCCCAGCUGGUGUGGGGGGCCUGCAGCGUUGGCCUGCUGGUGGCUGUCAUUCAGAUUUCCUCUGUGUUCAGGCUACCCUUUUGUGACAGAGAGGUGGCCCAUUAUUUCUGUGAUAUCCGCCCGGUUAUGAAGCUCUCCUGUGCUGACACCGCUGUACACAACAUAAUUAACUUCAUCAUCAGCUCUCUGGUUAUCGUGGUGCCCAUGGGUCUGGUCCUCAUCUCCUACAUCUUCAUCAUCUCCACCAUCUUCAAGAUUGCCUCAGCCGAGGGCCGGAAGAAGGCUUUUGCAACAUGCGCCUCCCACCUCACUGUGGUCAUCAUCCACUACGGCUGUGCCUCCAUCGCCUACCUCAGGCCCAAGUCAGACAACAUGAGGGAUCAGGACCAGCUGAUCUCAGUGACUUACACCGUUUUCACUCCUCUGCUUAAUCCUGUGGUGUACACUUUAAGGAACAAGGAGGUCAAGGAUGCCCUCCACCGUGUUAUUGGCAGGAACCGUCUUGCCUAGCAUCUUUGGUGGUUUGGUAUAGAGCCCAUCAUCCUCUGGGUAUUUUUGUAAUCAGAAGAAAACUUGAUCCUAUCAUUCUUCUUCUACCCUGAGAGAAGAAAAAUUUAGUG